AUGUUGUCAUCGUGGCAGAGGACGCCCGUCGAAUCUUCCGAUGCCCCUCUAACCGACGGUUGUUCGAGCCCUACACGAGAUAUGGAGCCUACAGCUGCGGGCACGAUGAAUCAUACGGACCCAAAAGGUCCGACCGAAGAAGUGCAGUCGGUAGUCACCGACAGUCUGCCUAACGAAGAAGCGCAGGAUGGUGUCACGCAGGCGGAGGCGAUUACAUUGACAUGGACUAAGAACUCCUUGGGAGCGGUCUAUAUCCUGAUGUGGCUCUUGUAUUUCGUGAAUGCCUUUCAGUCCUCCAUCACCGGAAACCUGUCAGCCUACAUAACCAGUGGAUUUGAGGCCCAUUCUUUGAUCCCAGUCAUCUACAUCGUGUCCAGUGUCAUGUCCGCGGCAACCUAUAUGCCGUUGGCAAAGAUCUUGAACUUGUGGGAUCGUUCAAUUGGCUUCUUGCUUAUGGCGGCAUUUGCGACCCUGGGCCUGAUCUUGUCAGCAACUUGCAGCGAUAUAUAUACCUAUUGCGCUUCUCAGGUAUUUUAUAGUGUUGGGUUCGCGGGCAUGAUUUUCAGUAUUGAUGUCAUCACGGCCGACACGUCCUCCCUUCGUGAUCGAGGUCUUGCCUACGCCUUCACCUCGUCACCAUACAUCAUUACGGCAUACGCCGGCUCUGCGGCCUCAGAGCACUUCUACCAGUCGAACUGGCGCUGGGCGUAUGGGUGCUUUGCCAUCGUGCUGCCAGUAGUGGCUUUGCCCAUGUUCGCCCUCCUCCGAUUCCAUCGUCACAAGGCUAAGAAGCGCGGUCUCCUGAAGCCCAAGCCCCCCAGCGGCCGGACUUGGAUUCAGAGCAUCAUCCAUUACAUUAUCGAGUUUGACCUGCUCGGGACUUUCUUAUUGGCUGCUGGUCUCGUCCUCUUCCUCCUUCCCUUCACCAUCGCGGGCUCUGCAGCCGAUGGUUGGAAGUCGGCGCAUAUAAUAGCCAUGCUUGUUCUAGGCCUUGCUUGCCUGGUAGCAUUUAGUUUGGUGGAACGGUUUCUUGCCCCGGUUCCCUUUCUUCCUUGGAAGCUGUUGAUAUCCCGCACCAUUCUGGGAGCCUGCAUGAUAGAUGUUUGCUAUCAGGUAGCGUAUUACUGCUGGGCCGACUAUUUCAGCUCGUAUUUGCAAGUAGUGUACGGCGUGGGUAUUGCCACCGCUGGAUACAUUACCAGCAUCUUCGAUGUGGUUUCCGGAGUGUGGCUGUUUUGCGUCGGACUAGCCAUCAGGAAGAGUGCACGCUUUCGCUGGCUGCUCCUGGGCGCUGUCCCUCUCUACCUCCUUGGCGAAGGCUUGAUGAUUUAUUUCAGGCAGCCCCAUUGGUCUGUCGGCUAUACCAUCAUGUGCCAGGUCUUCAUUGCCUUUGCUGGCGGAACGAUGAUUAUUUGUCAACAGGUAGCCGUCCAGUCAGUCAGUGAUCACAACAAUGUCGCCUCCGCCCUGGCAUUUCUCAACGUCUUCGGCUCCAUGGGAGGCGCCGUCGGCAGCAGUAUCUCCGGUGCCAUCUGGACCCACACCUUACCUGGCGCCUUGCAACGACUGCUCCCUGAGUCCGCCAAGGCCGACUGGCAGACGAUUUACGACUCGCUCGAGGUUCAGCUGGGCUAUGAGCGUGGGACACCGGUCCGACAUGCUAUUGCCCUAGCAUACGGCGUUGCCCAGCGCAAUAUGUUGAUUGCCGGCACGGCCAUCAUGGCUUUGUCUUUGAUCUGGAUGCUUGUGAUUAGAGACAUUAAGCUGAACAAUGCCCAGACCAAGGGGGUUUUGUUUUAA